GAGCAGCGGGGGCGUGUCCGAAAGCCCGAAUGCGCACUGUGUUUACUUCCGUCAAUAUUUCUACCGCGGAAGGCAGGACGAGGAGCAGAGGGAGCACAACAAAGACGCUGCCUAUCUCGUGAGAUAAAAUGCCUUUCUUGGGUCAGGACUGGAGGUCGCCUGGAUGGAGCUGGACAAAGACAGAGCACGGUUGGAAAAGGAUUGUUUUCUAUGGACACGACUUAGAAGACAACAACAGAGAGAUAGAUCUAAAUGUGCUCUGCUCUAGCAACAAGGAAAAUCUCUUCCAAUGUGAUGUCGGUGAUGUGUGUGACCUCCCUACAACCAAGAGGAAAAAGGACUUCUACAACAAUAACACCAAGUCUCAGUUUGUUUUCACAGAUAAAUGGAUUUACGUGCAGAAAGGAAGCACAAAAGAACGACAUGGCUACUGCACACUCGGCGAGGCCCUCAACCGUCUAGACUUUUCCAGCGCCAUCCAGGACUUGAGGAGAUUCAACUAUGUUGCAAAACUUUUCCAGCUAAUAGCCAGGUCUCAGCUGACGUCUUUGAGUGGAGCUGCCCAAAAAAAUUAUUUCAAUAUAUUGGAGAAGAUUGUAAGGAAGGUUUUAGAAGACCACUACAACCCGCGCCUUGUCAAGGAGCUGCUGCAGGACCUGAGCUCCACUCUGCACAGUCUGACGGUCCAUGUUGGCAGGUGCGUCCUCGUGGGUAACGUCAACAUCUGGUUGUGCCGACUGGAGACCAUUCUCAAUUGGCAGCAGCAACUCAACAACUUGCAGAUCCCUAAGCAAAUCAGCAACGGCAUGUCAUUGAGCGACUUGCCGCUUCACACGCAAAACAAGAUCCUCUACAAGUUGUCUGAUGCCUAUGACAUCAUUAACCUGGGACAGGCCACGCCAACGCUGCACAUCCUCAGUGAGAACAGGAUUCUGUGGAAGAAGCUAUGCCACUUUCACUUCUCAGACAAACAGUUCUGCAAGAAUUUGGUCCUAACAAAGAGUGACAACGUGGACUGGAAGCUGAUGUACUUCACCCUGCAGAAACAUUACCCAGUAAAAGAGCAGUAUGGCGAUACCCUGCACUUCUGCAAACACUGUAGCAUCCUCUUUUGGAAGGAUCUCCACCUGGCUUUGUUAUUCAAGGACUGCGGCCACCCCUGCACAGCCAACGACCCCGACAGCCUCAUGCCCAUCUCCCCGCAGCACUUUAUCGACCUCUUCAAAUUCUGAGGUGUCCUUCGCCCCCAGCUCCACUCCAGGACCGCGUACGAGACGUUCACAAACUCCGCACAAAAGGGCUUUAAAGAACGGAACAUCUUCUUUCCCAUACGCACAAACGUUUCCUUGAGACAAAUAAUAAUAAAAAAAUGAACGUUGUUUUUUAAUAGUGCUAGUGAUGGUUUAAGUGGGAGAAACUUGUUUUUUCUCUUCAUACACAAAUGUUUUGUCAUCUCGACAAAGAAAAGCAGCUCCUGACAGAGGGAUUAUAAAUUAUUAAAUUUAAAAAUAAUACUUACAAUUUCUAUUUGUAAAGGAUCUAUAUGUAAAAAGACUUGUAGUAAGUUAUAAUUUAUGUGUAAAGGCUUUACUGGCAAACGUUAAUAUUUAGUUUGUCAGAAUGGCAUGGCUCAUGUUGGUUUAUUUAAGGGGGUUUAAUUUAGCUCCUUGUUUUGCUUUACUUCUGUGGCGUUUCUCUGCAGUAACUGAAUGCGUGUAGUGUUGCAGUCUCUGUUUACAUGCUGUGCAUCGUCCUUUGUGAUCUCUUGCUGUGCUCCGUGUACAAUGAACGCACUAAAUGGAAAACAUGCUAUAAAAACUACAAUCUACCUUGGUCCAGAGACAGAGAAAAUGUAAAAUAUUAUUUAUGACCAAAAAAAAAGUUUUCUAUCCUUCCUUUCAACUUUUGUAAUCUUCCCUUACUGUUCCAAUACUGUAGGUUCUGUUGUGACUUUUCUGGAACAGGAACUAGUUAUAAUCUAAUAAAAUAUUUCUAAAAAACUUUAA